UGAUAACUAUUAAAAUUAAAAAUAAUGAAUUUAAAUCAUUCAUACAGCUUUCAAGAUUCUUUGUAUUCUAAUUCUCGCUUCUUAUCAAACCAUGAGAUGCUGGAUGUUUCGUGCAACGUCUCUAGAGCAAGGCUUCAUCCUGAUGAUACUUUGGUGAAUUCUGACGAUCGCUCAGAAAAUCUGAAUCUAGCCUUCAGGUCCAAGAAAGACUUUGCCAUCGGUGCAUUUUGGCUUGUGGUUUGUAUUCUGAGUUCAGCUACUAUUGGGCCUGUGGUGCUAAUGGUGCCAGCCAAAAGUACUUAUGCCUCUAUUUCAUGGAGAUCUCAGGGCUCCUGCUUGAUCAUGGCAGUUUGGUCCAUCGUCAGCUACAUCAGAUAUAGCAAACAGAAGAUUAACAGAAGUUUUGACGCGACAGAAAGUCAGAGAUUGACAACAUGGGAGAAGAUCAAAAAGGAUUCAUCACCUAGGAACUUGGUCAGUACAGGCUUCAUGUCGUUCUUCCUAUUUGUUUGGGUAUUCGGUCUUGUGCUUGGAUGCAAAUACACCCUUACAGCUCACGCAGAUGUACUCUUUUGCAGUAAUGGUGUUUUUAUUUUACUGAUUGCUCUUUUGACAUGCCAAUAUGUCCACAAAUAUGAAAUCGUUGGCUAUAUCAUCUACGGUGUAGGUGUAACUAUAAUGCUCAGUGAUCCUAAUGCCACUAAAACUGAAGAAGGGAUGAAUAAGUCAUUAGGAAACAUAAUUGCUCUCUCAGGAGCACUUGGAGGAGCUCUCUACGGAAUUAUAUCGACAAAGAUGAAGAGAGAUAGUCCACGGGAGGUGUGCAUGUUCUAUCUAUUCUUUGGCCACUUUAUCUUGCAAAUGCUACUCUUUCCUCACAUUGAAGAAAACCCUCUCUUGUUUAGUAUGGAUCCAGAAUAUGGACUCUUCGGCUGGCUCUCAGAUCCGUGGCUGAUACUUAUGAUGCUCGGCUUUGUGUGCCCUUGGACAAGCAUCCUGACAAACUACUCAUUGCUAGAGGCAUACAAAUAUUGGACUCUUGACAUUGUAGCUGUGUUCUACUUGACAGAGCCAUACUUUGCUGAGAUCACAGCAAUCUUCUUAGGUCAAGACGAGAUUCCUGGGCUUCAAACUUUUAUUGGAGUCACCAUUCUGAGCCUUGGAAUAGUUCUUUCUAUUUAUGGCUCUAAAACCAAAGCUGCUAACUCUACUCUAACAAGGAGGAAGGACCCAGAAGCUGACAUUGAGCUCUCCGAACAUAUGUAAGAGAACUCGUAGAU